GAAUUCUUGAAUAUCCUAUUCUAUUGAUUCGGCAUGGAAUCUCUUCCGGUUGAGGUUGUCGGGAACAUACUGUCCCGCCUCGGUGCCGCCCGAGACGUUGUGAUAGCAUCCGCAACUUGCCGGAAAUGGCAAAACGCUUGGAGGAAACAUCUCCACACUCUCACUUUCAAUUCCAACGAUUGGCCUUUGUACCACGAACUCUCCACUAGCAGACUCGAGAUACUCAUCACCGAAACAAUAUUCCAAACCAAAGGGCUGCAAUGCCUUUCGAUAAUUAUGGAUGACGUGGACGAAUUUUCUGCUGCUCCGGUUAUCGCUUGGCUCAUGUACACUCGAGAAACCUUACGCCAGCUUCACUACAAUGUGAGGACAACCCCUAAUAUCAACAUGCUCGAGAAGUGCGGUCGUCAAAAGCUCGAAGUCUUGGCCUUGUCUCACAAUACAGUUACGGGGGUUGAGCCGUGUUAUCAGAAAUUCCCACGCCUAAGAUCUCUUUCUUUGAGUUACGUGAGUAUAUCAGCUUUGGAUCUGAGCCUUCUUCUUACAGCAUGUCCGAAAAUCGAAACUUUGAACCUAGUCAGUCUAGAUAUUGUCAUGUCCGAUCCACAGGCAAUGAUGGAUUUGAGUAGUAACUCGUUGAAGGAUAUUUACGUCGAAGCGAUUAGCUUGGAUAAGUUCAUACUCGAGGCUGAUAGCCUCGAGAAGUUGCACUUGAAAGACUGCACGCUCGAAGUUUUCGAGCUUGUCGGAAAAGGGAUGUUGAGAUUCCUGAAGAUCGACGACGUCAGCGUCAUCCAUCUCGAUAUCGGCGAGAGUGCUGAGAAUCUCGAAAUUGUCGAUGUCAGCAAUUUCACGAUCAUGUGGGCGAAGUUCCACCAUAUGAUCUCACGGUCGUCGAAGUUGAAAAAGCUUAGGCUUUGGGGUGUUGUGUUCGACGACGAGGAUGAAUUUGUUUACAUAGAGACAAUUGCUUCGUGCUUUCCUUUACUGAGCCAUCUCUCUUUGAAUUACGAUUUGAGAGAGGCGGCACUUCAGUACGGGUUACAGGGUUCGUUUGUCUUGGAGAAUGUGAUUGUCUUGGAACUAGGAUGGACGGUGAUUAGUGACUUUUUUUCGAUGUGGGUUUCGGGAAUCUUGGAAAGGUGUCCUCGUUUAAGGAAGUUGGUCAUACAUGGGGUUGUGUCCGAGACGAAAACUCACGAAGAAUGUCAGACGUUGGCCAAUUUCACUUCGUCCAUUGUGAGACUUAUGAGGAAGUACCUGCACGUGGAGGUUCAAUUUGAAUACGAAUAGAUAUAUUACUUGCGCUGGCGCAUUUGAAGCUUGUACUCGGAUACGAGGUACAGAAGCAGGCGGAGAUGGUUAUUGGUCAGCGGUGAUUCUUGAUUUUUCUCAGGCAAUUUUUGAACUUUAGUGCAGUUGUGGGUUACCGAUAUUCUUUCCGUGUAAGUUUAGGUUUUGUUUGACUGUUGUGGUUGUUUACUCGUUUUGUUAUAAUUCUUGAAAAGGAAGAAUCUUUGUUUUCUCUUUGCCUUGUCAAGAACUUUCUCGUAUCA